AUGCCUCGCUUCGACGACUCCGACUUUGGGGCCGACUUGGCUCAGGUGCGUUCUCCUCGCGACAGCCGCCCCAGCGUCGUCACCACGGCCCCUGUCGCCCCUGAUGGCACCAUCAUCCCCAUCCCCGCAGACGCUCCUCAUCUAGGCCACCGAGACAGCGAUGUGGUCGAGGUGCCUGCAACCCGCAGCUCCAUCAGUGACGCGGCCCAGUACAUGCACAACCUCAGCCUGUCACCCUCCAUGGUGGACAGGCGUAGCUCCCGCAACUCGUUCGGCACCUCGCUGCCCAUCCCACGCUCCCCCCGCCGAUCGCGUCUGUCCUCAGUGGUCUACGCAGAUGGCGCCAGGGGAAUCCCGCCUGUCGUGUCCAGAGACAUUCUGGCGUCCCAGGUCCAGGACAUGGCCAAGGAAAAGGUGCAGGCCGCCAAGAACAUGGCAUUUGCUUUCGACAUCGAUGGUGUGCUGGCUCACGGCAACCACGCCAUCCCUGAAGCCCGCGAAGCUCUCAAGAUGCUGAACGGAGACAACGAACUGGGCAUCAAGAUCCCCUACAUUUUGCUCACCAACGGUGGUGGAAAGCCAGAGUCGGAGCGCUGCGAGCAGUUGUCUCAGAUCCUGGAAAGCCCCAUCUCAGUCGACCAAUUUAUCCAAUCCCAUACCCCUAUGCAAGCCUUGGCCCAGUACUACGAUACCGUCUUGGUGCUCGGUGGUGAGGGCGUCAAAUGCCGUGGCGUUGCUCAAAGCUACGGAUUCAAGGCCGUUUACACCCCCAAGGAUGUGCUCGCCUGGAACCAAGAAAUCUCUCCUUGGCGUUGCUUCUCCGAGGAGGAUCGCGCUCAAUCCCUCCCCGUCGACUUUUCUCGUGUCAAGUUUGAUGCUAUUCUUGUUUUUGCAGAUUCACGCGACUACGCCACCGACUUCCAACUCAUUAUCGAUCUUCUCUUGUCUGAAAAUGGAUACUUGGGCACCAGGUCCAAGAACCCAGGUGCCGGCAGCAUUCCUUGCUACUUUUCUCAGGGCGAUAUGGUCUUCCCCACUGCAUACAAGGGACCUCCGCGUAUGACCCAGGGUGCUUUCCGCAUCUCCAUCGAGGCCAUGUACAAGGCUCUGACUGGUGUCGACUUGGAACGGGUGGUCUACGGCAAGCCUGAAUUGGCCACGUACAAGUACGCCGACGAGGUUCUCAAGUCCUGGAUGGAGGAAAUCCACAACGAGAACAAAAUCCCUCAGAAUGUGUACAUGGUCGGUGACAACCCCGCCUCCGACAUCAUUGGUGGCAACAUGUACGGCUGGAACACGUGUCUCGUGCGUACCGGAGUCUUCCAGGGCAAGGAGGGCGAGAAUGACCCUAACAGUCCCGCCAACUUUGGUGUGUUCGACCACGUUUUGGAUGCCGUCAAAGCGGCCGUGCGAAAAGAACUGGGCAAGGAAUUCAAGUUCAAGUGGAACGAAAAAGUCAACCCGGUGCUCCACGGAGACGGUGUCUCGGCUGUUGAGUAG